CUUUCUUCUUCUUCCUUGGUGGGAACCUAAAUUAGGUCAGGCGUCUGAAAUAAUGAAAAAGCAGUGAACCGUCGCCGAAGAAGCUUCAAUAUCAGUUACAGUACUGUGUUUCCAUAGAUUAGGCAAUGAGUCGAGGACGCAAAGCUGUUCAAUUGACGAAAAAGAAUGAUUAUCUUAGUCAGUUGCCAGUUGAAAUUCUGAACACGAUCACUUGUAUGUUGAACCUAAAAGAUGCGGUGAGGACAAGCAUUUUAUCGAAAAGAUGGAGAUAUAUUUGGAUUAACCAUACUGACCUCAAAUUUAACCAUGUUAAUAUACUUGGAUUGGAAUUUAGUCUCCUUGAGAAAAAUUUGGUUGGUGCAAACACUAUUUUUGUGAAAUUUGUGGACCAAAUUAUGCAGCAGCGGUUGAAAGGCAACGACAAGAUUAACUCUUUUUGUCUUCAGUUUGAAUUGGGGAAGUGUUUUUCUCGAUCUAUUGAUUCGUGGAUCAGUUGUGCCGUUAGAAAAGGUGUUGAGACCAUUGAUCUUGAUUUGUCUAAAUUCAACUUCAAUUUUCCUGGAAUUUCAUCAUCCAAGCAACGAUGUAAGAGAUAUAACUUUUCGUUGCUUCGGACAGUCUCCGAAGAUAAAGGGUCACUGAAACAUCUGCGACUUGCCUUUUGCAAUUUCCAGGGUCGGUCAAGUUCCAAAAAGUUUGGUUCACUCAUUUCCCUUGAGCUACAAAGUGUAAAUAUAAGCAGUCUUCAAUUGGCCAAGGUUCUAGAAAGUUGCCCGUUACUUGAAAAGUUAGCUCUGGAUGCAUGUUCUAAACUCACUUAUUUGAGAAUUGGUCGCUCGACCAACAACACUUUUUUGAAGAUUUUGUCCUUGAAGAAAUGUCUCAAACUUAGGGAGAUUGAUCUUUGUGCCGACAAUCUCGUUUCCCUUGAGCUUGAAAGCAUAAAUAUAACCAAUUUGCAGUUGACAGAGAUUCUAAAAAGUUGCCCAUUACUUGAAGAAUUAACGCUGCAUAUGUGUUCUGACCUUAAUUAUACGAGACUAAGUGAUUCUGUCAAGAUUUUGUCCUCGAACAGUUUCAAUCUUAUGGAGAUUUAUUUUUGUGCCAACAACACUUGAAUACGCUGGUCUGCCAAGAUGGUUCUCAUUUAAGAUCAAAACCCCUGUAUCCCAUCACUUGAUUGUCGUGAUGUUCCGAUGCUCGAGAAUCUAAUUUUGUCGUCGCACUUGUCUUUAGAUGUAAGACUUCCCAGCUACAUCUUCCUCCUUCAAGUCUUUCCAGGUUAAAUUGUACUUGACAUUUUUCUUUGUAACUUACCAAGUUCUAUUGUUACUUGUUGGCAGUAUUUCAAGUUGAUUUUCUUAAGUAUCUAUCAUAGAACUUAACCUAACUUGAAGUAUUGUCUAUUGGUCCAUCCUACAAUGAAUACAAUUGCUUCAAUUGUUGGCUCAAUCAUGAAGCAACCAUUGUGGAAAAAAAUGGUUGGUCCCCAUGUUCAAAGACUAAAUCUGGAAUAUUGGUGAUUUAAUUUUAGUUUAAGUAAUAUUGAUUUGAGUAUUGUACUAUUGUUAGUUCAAACUUAUUGAAAUAUUGUUUUUAAUUUU